GCGCGGGGUGAGGAGAGCUGCACGAUUGCCCACUGUGGGCUGGAGCUCGAUCGAUGCAGGGGGGCGACCCGGCGGCUCUCGCGCCUCCGCUCUCAUGGACACUGUGGAGUAGAAGCUGGCAGUGCGAGCGCAGCUUUCAGCGCGUGUUGUGGCGAAGCUCUCCGGCCGAUCGCUCUCCGCGCGCGCACUUUGUGCUCUCGAGAGGUUCGCCCCGCGCGGGACGUGUCGGCCAAGAUGACAAUGAGAGCGUGGAAAUGCCGGGUAGCAUCGUGGGCUCUGCCGUGGGCGCUUCUGCUCGGGAUGGCCACGGCGGGUCACUCAGAGUCAGAGCAAAGACAAGGGUACCUGAUCGCCGCCCCCUCGGUGUUCCGGGCGGGUGUCGAAGAGGCCCUGAGCAUCACCAUCUUUGGCACCGAGGAGGACACACGGGUGCAGGUGCAACUGUCCAUGAAGGGCCAGAUUGUGGCUCAUAGCCACGGCACCGUGCGUGACAAAGGUACAAUCAAAUUGAAGGUACCCUCUGGUCUGCGAGGACAGGCCCACCUGAAGGUCUGGGGGAACCGGCACCUGACCGACGAGGGCUACAUCUUCCACAACUACACCACUGUCACCGUGGACAGCAAGGGCACCGCCCUCUUCAUCCAGACUGACAAGCCAGUCUACAAGCCCCGUCAGAAAGUGCUCAUCAACGUGUAUUCGGUCACUCCAGAUCUGAGGCCUGCAAAUGAUAAGAUGGACGCUUACGUUGUGGACCCUCGUGGAUCUCGAAUGAUCCAGUGGACGGAUCUCAAACCCUUGUGUUGUGGAAUUGUGAACAUGAGCUUUCCUCUCUCGGACCAGCCAAUGUUUGGCGAGUGGCUGAUCUUGGUGGAGAUGCAGGGACACACCUACAACAAGUCCUUUGAGGUUCAGAAAUACGUGAUGCCCAAGUUCGAGCUGAUUAUUGAACCACCUCGAUACAUCCGGGACCUCAACACGUGUGAACAGGCCACAGUACGUGCCAGGUACACAUUUGGAAAAGCAGUAAUGGGCAAACUGACAGUGAAUAUGACCGUAAAUGGGGUCGGCUACUACCGCCAUGAAGUGGGACACCCAGUGGUGAAGACUAUGGAGAUCAAGGGAUCUGCGACCUUUGACCUGUGUGUGAAGGAUAUGAUGCCCCUGGAUGUGGCUGACCACUUCCGGGGCACGGUGAACAUAUGGGUGUCGGUGAGCAGUGUCGACGGGGCUCGGCAAACAAUGUUUGAUGACUCAACACCUGUCCAUAAGCAACUCAUUGAUAUCAAAUAUUCUAAAGACACACGGAAGCAGUUCAAACCUGGCUUGCCCUACAAAGGAAAGGUGGAGGUGACCUACCCAGAUGGAAGCCCAGCAGAUGGGGUCACAGUGCGCAUAAGGGCAGAGCUCACCCCCAAGGACAAUGUGUACACCAGCGAGAUGACAUCCAGUAAUGGCCAGGCCAUUUUUGAGAUUCCCUCCAUCCCCACUGCUGCCCAGUAUGUCUGGCUGGAGACCAAGGUGACAGCGAUCAAUGGAAUUCCGGCAGGGGACCAGUACUUGCCCAGCUACCUGUCUAUUAGCAGCUGGUACUCGCCCAGCAAGUGUCACAUCCAGCUUCAGAGCCCUGGCACCCCCGUGCAGAUUGGGCAGAAGGCUCAAAUUGCCUUGAAGUCCACCUGCCCGUGUAACUUCACACUCCAUUAUGAGAUAGCCUCCCGGGGCAACAUCGUCCAGUCUGGCAAACAGCUGCCCGACGUCACCAGUCAUCGGGAAAAGAGGGCAACUGUCACUUUUGACAAGAACAUCCACACUACGCUGCCCCCUAGUGGCUCUGUGACAGUCCCCUCGACGCAUGGCGAGAUAGACAGCUGCGUUUCGACGCUGAUGUUCACCGUCACUGCCGCCAUGGCUCCGCUCAGCAGGUUGCUGGUGUACUACGUACGGGAGAACGGGGAGGGCGUGACAGACAGCUUGCAGGUCGCUGUGGAGCCCAGCUUUGAGAACCAGGUGUCCAUAUCUCUGUCUGCUAAUGAGUCAAUGCCCGGAGACCCCGUGAAGUUACGGGUCACAGGUGAGAAGGGCUCCUGUGUGUGCGUGGCGACUGUGGAUAAGAGCCUGUACCUCCUGAAGCCUGGUUUCCAGCUCAGCCCAGACAAGGUGUUCAGGGAGCUGGCCGAGUUUGACGUGUCCGACGCCUUCGGGGUGCCCAAGGACGACGGACACUUCUGGUGGCCCGGGCUAUCAGCACGGCGACGGCGGCGACGCUCGUCCGUGUUCCCCUGGCACUGGGACGUCACCAAAGAUGCUCGCUUUGCCUUCACAGAAACGGGCCUGGUGGUGAUGACAGAUAUGGUGAGCCUCAACCACCGGCAGAGUGAGGGCAUGUACACAGACGAAGCCGUACCUGCCUUCCAGCCUCACACAGCCACCCAGAUGGCCUCCAUGCACUCACGUGCAGUGCCCAGAGCGGAGAAGCGCAGACGAACGUUCUUCCCGGAGACGUGGGUGUGGCGCUGUCUCAAUGUCAGUGAUGUGACCGGAGUAGCGGAACUGCAGCUGGACGUCCCCGAUUCCAUCACCACGUGGGUGACGGAGGCGGUCGGCUUGUCACAGGAGAAGGGGCUGGGUGUGGCUCCCAGGGCGGCGCUUCGCACGUUUAAGCCGUUCUUCGUGGAUUUCACCCUGCCUUACAGCGUCAUACGUGGAGAACAGACCAAAGUCCCACUGACUGUCUAUAAUUACCUGCCCUCUUGCACAGAGGUUCAUGUCAAAGUCUCUGUGUCCAAGGGGAUUAAGUUCGUGGGCCACCCCGGGAAGUAUUACGUGACCCGCAAGAAGUGUGUGGCGCCAGGGGAGGCCACACCCACAUCGAUUGUCCUGUCGUUCACUGAGCUGGGUGCAGCAAACAUCACAGCACGCGCUGUGGCCUACAGCGAGCCGGGCUGCUGCACCAACGGAUCCCAGGCGCCCAGAUCUGGCCGGAGCUCCGAGGACCCUGAUGACCGGAGAAUAGCUGCCGGCAUGGACUUUGUCCGCAGGAGCGUCCUGGUGGAGCCAGAGGGACUGCCCAGGGAAUACACCUACAGCGUCUUCUUCUGCCCCAACGAGCGGAUCCACAUUUCCACACCAAACAAAUACGAAUACCAGUAUGUGAAGAAGCCUGGGCAGAUGACGCACUUUGAGGUAGCUGUGAAGACCCACAACGACGCCCACUUCGCCCUGUCGCCUAGCCCUCACGACAGCGUGGAGAUGGUGGAGAUCGUCUUGGGUGGCCGGCAGAACACCCGCUCCUGGAUCUCCCUGGGCAAGAUGGGCGAGUCAGUGGCCAGCACCUCCACUCCCAGCAUCCUCUCCUGGGAUGAGUUCCGCAGCUUCUGGAUCAGCUGGAAGGGUGGCAUGGUUCAGGUGGGCCACGGUCUGCAGCCCUCCAAUGAGACAGUGAUCAUGCAGUGGGAGGGGCCCCUGCCAGGCCAGGUGCGGCACGUGGGCUUCUCCACAGGCUGGGGCUCUGUGGGGGAGUUCAAGAUCUGGCGCAAGGAGGAUGCAGACGAGAACCACAACGAGGCCUUCACCCUGGGCCUCCCGCACAAUCUGGUGCCUGGGUCCGAGAGGGCCAAGGCCUCCAUGAUCGGGGACGUCAUGGGUCCCACCCUCAACAACCUGGACAACUUGCUGCGGUUACCCUUUGGCUGCGGCGAGCAGAACAUGAUCCACUUUGCCCCCAAUGUCUUUGUCCUGAAGUACCUGCAGAAGACCCAACAGCUGAGCCCUGAAGUGGAGGCCGAGGCCACAGACUACCUCCUGCAAGGGUACCAGAGGCAGUUGACUUACAGAAGACAGGAUGGCUCCUACAGUGCUUUUGGAGAGAGGGAUUCAUCUGGGAGCAUGUGGUUGACGGCCUUUGUGCUGAAGUCCUUUGCCCAGUCGCGAGGGUUCAUCUUCAUUGACCCAGAGGAGUUGCAUGCUGCCAAGAGCUGGCUCAUCAGCCACCAGAGGGAAGAGGGCUCCUUCCCUGCUAUGGGGAGGAUCCUCAACAAAGACCUGCAGGGUGGAAUCCAUGGGAAGAUCUCCUUGACAGCAUAUGUGGUGGCAGCCCUCCUGGAGACAGGGAUAUCCACUGAGGAUGAAAAACUGGCCGUAGCCAAAGCCAAGAGCUUCCUGGAGAGCAACAUAUACUCAGCUGACGACCCAUACACCACAGCCCUAUCUGCGUACGCCCUGGCACUCCUGCGCAGUGCCUACGCCCCCCUGGCCUUGCGGAGGCUCAAUAACAUGGCCAUCGCACAAGAUGGCUUCACCCACUGGAGUCUGACGGGCAGCACAGCCACAGACGAAGACACCUUCAUGGCCUUCAGCGACGGCCUGUCGCAGUCGGUUGUGUCAGCCGAGGUGGAGAUGACGGCUUACGGCCUGCUCACCUACACUCUCCUCGGGGACGUGGCCUCCGCUCUGCCGGUAGUCAAGUGGCUGUCCCAGCAAAGGAACGCCCUCGGUGGCUUCUCCUCCACACAGGAUACCUGUGUGGCUCUGCAGGCUUUGGCCGAAUAUGCCAUCCUGUCGUACGUUGGCGGCGUCAACCUUACCAUCUCUCUGGCCUCCACUAACCUGGAUUUCCAGGAGACGUUUGAGCUGCACAGGGACAACAAGAAGAUCCUCCAGAGCGCAAUAAUCCCCAGUGUCCCCACCGGACUGUUUGUCAGUGCUAAAGGAGAGGGCUGCUGUCUCAUGCAGAUCGACGUGUCCUACAACGUUCCCGACCCGGUGGCCAAACCCGCCUUCCAGCUCACGGUGGACUUGAGGGAACCGCGGCCAGACCGCCACCCCUCCCAGUCGUCCCGUGGCCCCACCCCCCGCUCCCGCUCCCGGGCCGAUAACCGCUCGGAACUGAGUCGCAGACGCAGGGCUCCGGCCGACGACGAGGACCCGUCUGCCCAUCAGGACCACCUGGACUACCGCGUCACGCUAGAAGCCUGUGCCAGGUGGCUCCAUUCCGGCUCCUCCAACAUGGCCGUCUUGGAGGUCCCGCUGCUCUCUGGCUUCCGUGCCGAUGUGGAGAGCCUAGAGAAGCUGCUGAUGGACAAGAAGGUCGGUCUGAAGAGGUACGAAGUGGACGGGAGGAAAGUUCUCUUCUACUUCGAUGAGAUUCCCAGUCAGUGCAUGACGUGCGUGAGCUUCCAGGCUGUGCGAGAGUUUAUUGUGGGAAAGACCGCACCCAUGCCUGUCAAAGUGUACGACUACUACGAGCCAGCCUUCGAGGCGUCGCGCUUCUACAAUGUGAGCGAGAGCAGUCCCUUGGCCCGGGAGCUGUGCGAUGGCACCACUUGCAACGAGGUUGAGAGCUCCGUGAACCGCUGGACAGGGUUUGUUCAGGGGAACCAGUGCAACGACAUCUUUGGCUGCUUGGAGGAGGAGCAGUUUGAGCGCUGCGCCUGCUACCGGGACUGCGGCUACGACGGGGAGCCGGUGUGCGGGUCCGACGGGCAGAUCUACCAGAACCGGUGCCAGAUGGAGGUGGCCGCGUGCCGGAAUGUGACGUGCAUUGAACAGGUGCCCAUGGCCCAGUGCGCCCCAGUGGAGCCAGCAACUGAGGAAGAGGAGCCCGUGACCAGAGCCCUGCCAGCGCAGGAGACCGUACACACGCACACAGGUGAAGAGGAGCCGGACGCCGUGGCUGAAGUGUCCUACUAUUCCUACGAAUACGACGCGGAAGUGGAGGCCGUUCGCGCCGAGGAGGAGGAGCCGUUUGAGGCAGCGGGGGAGGAAGGCGGCGAGGCGGAGGACACCAAGGACAUGCAGAGCACCAAGGACGCACCUGACCGAUGAAACUCCCCAGGCUGCAGCACAAGAGAGACUCCUAAGUUGUAUAUUGCUUGUUAAUAAACCGUGGUGAGUGAAUCACAAGAAGAGCGGCGGCUCUGAGUGAGUGUGUGUGUGUGUGUGUGUGUGUGUGUGUGUGUGUGUGUGGGUGUGUGUGUGAACCAGAGUGUGAACAAGGUUGGGCUCAAACAGACAGAAGCAACUUUCUCUUUUUUUUAUAUUCAGUCUCCUUCUCACCAGUAGGCACCAUAGCUCCAAUAUAUCUAGUGUCUGUAUGUUGUUUCAUAUAAUAAAAAUAUAUAAACCCAUAUUUAUGUUUGUAAUUAUACUUGAGUUAAAGCAAAUGUAAUUUUGAUCCC